UUGUUAAAUCAGUUUUUAAUUUUGUGGUGAGCGAUUUUUUUUGUUUCUAAAUUGGCGGAUAGGAUAUCAGAGGGAGAGACCAGAGGCCUACUACUGUGGCAGUGUUGCUGCUAGCCAAGCCCAGUACACAGCAUGGCCAUAGUAAAAACUUGUACCGGUUCAUCUGUAUGCACCACAACAACUAAUACCAAUGCAUUUCCAAAUUUUUGCCAUUGCAGAUGGAAAUCCAAAACAAAAAUAACGCUCACAAAUCCUUUAAUGCCCGCCUCAAUCUCAUCAAAAUUUUCAAAGCACACAGAAACUUCUUCCAAUUACAAUCUUAGACGCUCUGCACUUUACACAAACAAUACUUCUUCUACCUUGGUGUAUGAAACGAGAGAAAAGAAAAAGGGCAGCGAUGAAGACCCAAUUGCUUCUUUCAAUCAGCGGUUGAGAAAGGAAAAAAGGACCCGAAAUCAGCCGACGGAGAGGGUCGAUCCCAAGGAAGCUCAGAAAUAUAUGAACACUCUCAAAGAUAAGCGGAAAAAAGGUUUAGAGAAGCUUAAGCAGGCGAACUUCGAAGGGAAGGAGAAAACAUUGUCUUAUUCGGUUGAUCCAGAGACUCUGGCUGUAGGUGAUUAUGUUGUUCACAAGAAAGUGGGUGUUGGUCAGUUCGUUGGGAUCAAGCAGUCCGGCGAUAAAAAAUAUGUAUAUAUUCAGUAUGGCGAUGGGAUGGCCAAACUUUCCGUGGACCAGGCUCGUCGACUGCUAUAUCGCUAUAAUUUACCUAAUGAAACAAAGAAGCCACGCACAUUGAACAAAUUAGGCGACACUAGUACCUGGGAGAAGAGAAAGAUGAAAGGAAAAAUAGCCAUUCAGAAGAUGGUUGUUGACUUGAUGGAGAUAUACAUGCAACGACUCAAGCAGAAGCGACCGCCAUAUCCAAAGAGUCCUGGCUAUAAUGAGUUUGCAGCUAAAUUUCCAUAUACGCCGACUUCAGAUCAACAGCAGGCUAUUUCAGAUGUUGAGGCAGAUUUAACUGAGCGAGAAACACCCAUGGACAGAUUAAUAUGUGGUGAUGUGGGCUUUGGUAAAACAGAGGUUGCAUUACGAGCUAUAUUUUUUGCAGUUUCGGCAGGAAAGCAAGCAAUGGUUCUAGCACCCACUAUUGUUUUGGCGAAGCAGCAUUAUGAGGUUAUAUGUGAUCGCUUUCGUGGAUUUGUUGAUAUCAAAGUGGGAUUUCUUAGUAGAUUUCAGACCAAGGGAGAGAAGGCUGAGGUUUGUGCUGGAAUUAGUGCAGGGUAUAUCAGUAUUGUUGUUGGAACUCAUGCACUCCUUGGGAGUCAAGUGGACUACAAUAAUGUGGGUCUUCUUGUGAUUGAUGAGGAGCAGAGGUUUGGGGUCAAGCAAAAAGAAAAAAUUACUGCUUUUAAGACUUCGGUGGAUGUUCUCACACUUUCAGCAACGCCUAUACCUCGCACACUUUACCUAUCAUUAGCUGGAUAUCGUGAUGCUAGUUUGAUAUUGACUCCACCUCCAGAAAGAGUUCCCAUUAUAACUCAUCUUUCCGAGUACAAUGAAAAAAAGGUCAUAUCAGCCAUCAAAUUUGAACUUGCUCGAGGUGGCCAGGUUUUCUAUGUACGUCCCCGAAUAAAAGGACUUGAUGAGGCAAAGGAUUUUCUAUCAGAUUCUUUUCCGAAUGUUGAAAUUGGAGUAGCUCAUGGAAAGCAAGCCUCUUAUUUAUUGGAAGAAACUAUGAAAAAUUUUGCUGAAGGCUUAAUCAAAAUCCUUCUGUGUACAAAUAUAGUAGAAAGUGGACUUGAUAUCCAAAAUGCAAACACAAUUAUCGUUGAAGAUGUUCAUCUUUUUGGACUUGCACAAAUGUAUCAGCUCCGUGGAAGGGUUGGAAGGGCAGACAAAGAAGCAUAUGCAUAUCUGUUUCAUCCUAAGAAAGCACUCAUGUCAAUUGAUGCUAUCGAUAGGUUAGCAGCACUAGAAGCGUGCUCGGGACUUGGUCGUGGUUUUGAGCUUGCAGAGAGAGAUAUGGCAAUUCGUGGUUUUGGAAGCAUAUUUGGUGAGCAACAAAGUGGGGAUAUUGCAAAUGUUGGGAUUGAUCUCUAUACUGAGAUGCUGUCUGAAGGCUUAUCGAAGGUUGGACAAUAUCGACUGGUUCCUGUUCCAUAUGAAGUUGUUCAGCUUGGUUUUGAUAUAAAGUCUCGCCUACCUUUUGAAUACAUUGAUGAGUUAGAUGAUCCUACAAGAGUUAUUGAGGAAGCUGAGGGAGCUGCUCAGAAGGACCUAUGGUCUCUCAUGAACUUCACAGAGCAAUUGCGUCGUCAAUAUGGGAAAGAACCACCAUCCAUGGAGCUCAUCCUGAAAAAGAUUUAUGUGAAACGGAUGGCCGCAGACCUCGGGAUUACUGAAAUUGUAAAAUCUGUAAAAACACUUGUAAUGAGGACAAGCAUGACAAAAGAAGCAUUCAAAUUUCUUUUAGAAGCUAUGUCAACUGAUCAUCUGCGUUCUUCUCUAAAGUUUGAGGAUGGAUGUAUUAAGGCACAUCUUUUUGUGGAUAUGCCAAAUGAGCGGCUAUUAGAAUGGCUAUUUGAAUGCUUGGCAGAUAUGCACGCUGGUCUACCAGCCUUUAUAAAGUAUUGAAUUUGUCUUCUGUAAUAGGUGAAUGUAUUGGUGCAUAUUUUUUGCAUGUAAAAUGUGGGUUUUCCCAUGCAUAUAUUCUUGAGUCACCAUGUUCUAAUUUAUUGGAAACUUUUCUGGUUUCCUCAUUGUAUUAUCAUUUGUUGAGACUCAGUUAGGACGGAAAUCAUGGGGAAAUUUGAUACACAGAUUUAGAUUAUAGAAGAGUUCAAGUUGGCCAAAUUGAUGAGUGAUUUAUUACCCUGCAUCGUUAAAAUUUUGUAUCCAACAGUUUCAACAAAAUUUUGAGGCAUUAAAUUAUCAUUUUCUCUA